AUGCCGAAGGAGGUUUCCCCCGCGCAUGCUGUGACGGUUACCAAGAAGGGGUGGCUGGACACAGACAUGAUGAACGUGUGGCUCACAAAGAGCUCCAGAAGCGGCUACAUGGGUUUUACAGAGAAAAACAGCCCUGCUGGUCCAACAGGACUUCUCUCCAUCUUCACAGCACCUCUGAUUGGAGCUCUGAGUGCCGCUGCUGUCCUCCUUGUGCUUCUACUGGUUGUCUUUUACAGGUGCAGACAGAAACCCAAGUAUGAGAUUCGCUGGAAAAUUAUUGAGAGCAUAGAUGGGAACAACUAUACCUUUGUUGACCCCACCCAGCUGCCGUACAAUCAAAAGUGGGAGUUUCCUCGAGACAAACUAAGAUUCGGGCCAGUCCUGGGUUCAGGGGCGUUUGGGAAGGUUGUUGAGGCAACAGCAUUUGGUCUGGGAGCUGGCAACAAAACCACUAAAGUUGCUGUCAAGAUGCUCAAAUCAAGCGCUCACUCAGAGGAACGAGAGGCGUUAAUGUCAGAGCUUAAGAUCCUCAGUCAUCUGGGUUACCAUGACAACAUUGUCAACUUGCUUGGAGCAUGCACUCAAGGAGGCCCAAUGCUGAUGAUCACAGAGUUCUGUAGCCAUGGUGACCUGCUUAACUUCCUGCGGGCUCACGCUCAGGACUUCAUGGUGUCCAUGAUGAGUGUGGACAAGGCAGAAGACCAGGUGUUUUAUAGAAACAUGGCAGCUCUGAACACCAGGCUGCGCAGUGACAGUGGGAUCUCGUGCUGGUCAGAGUACCAGGAAAUGCAGCCAGUUCUUAGUCUGGAUCAAACAAGCUCAAGUGAGCACAUGGACAGUCUGUCUGUCUCUGACCUCAUGAGAUUUUCCUGCCAGGUGGCUCAGGGUCUGGAUUUUCUGUCCAUCAAAAAUUGCAUCCACAGAGACAUUGCAGCGAGGAACGUCUUGUUAACGGAUAGACGGAUUGCGAAGAUCUGUGACUUUGGUUUGGCUCGAGACAUUCGGAAUGAUGACAACUACAUUGUUCAGGGAAACGCCCGCCUUCCCGUGAAGUGGAUGGCUCCUGAAAGCAUCUUUCAGUGCGUCUACACUGUUCAGAGUGAUGUCUGGUCCUAUGGAGUCCUGCUGUGGGAGAUCUUCUCUUUUGGUAAGAGUCCAUACCCUAACAUUGCUGUGGACUCCAACUUCUACAAAAUGAUAAAAGAUGGACACCACAUGGAUCAGCCAGACUUUUCUCCAAAUGAAAUUUAUCACCUGAUGAGACUCUGCUGGAGUCUGGAGCCCACCCACAGACCAACUUUCAAGACCAUUGGUCAGCUCAUCAGCAGGCUCCUCCCCUCCACCAAUGAGAUGCUGCCACUUCACAGUGACCAGGUGGCAUAUGAAAAUAUUGAUGAGAGCAAAGAAGAAGAAAAUGAGGUCGGAGGUGAAUCACUCAAAAGAAGAAAAGAACGAGAUCACCAUGAUGAUGGUGUCAAUAGGGAGGAGGUGGAGCUAACAUGGAGGAACAUCUACCAGCUCUCCUGA